AUGGCGGAAACACGAAAGGUUGUUGCGAUAUUGAUUUGCCUUAUUUCAAGCAUAAUAUCAUGCGUCCAGCUUUAUAAUGCGGUGUUGAAUUCUCACGGAGAAUAUAUUCGAAAUCGUAUGAAUAUUAUUCGUCAGCUUUCGUUGCUUGGUACCGGAAGGGGGAUUGUCAAGCGGUUAGGCAAGAAGCGUCAAAGGAAAAAACGAAGAUUUUGGAUUCGACCUGGAAGAACAAAUGCUUGGUGGAACGGUUUUAUACGUGAACUAGUAGUCCCGGAAGAAUGGCGAGAAAAUUUUAGAAUGUCUCGAGUUUCCAUUGACAGACUAGCCGAAGAAUUAAGACCCUACAUCCAAGGGGAAAAAACUAUCAUGAGAUCUCCUGUUGAUGUGUUGACCCAAGUUGCUAUCACACUAUAUUAUCUCAGUGAUGAAGGUCGUAUGAGAAAGACUGCAAAUGCGUUUGGAAUUUCUCGACAGACCGUUUCCAAAAUUGUGAGAAAGGUAUGCAAGGCAAUAACAAUACACCUUGGACCAAAGUAUGUAACAUUGCCAUUUACUGAAGAGAAUGUGCAAGAAAAAGUGAACAAUUUUUACAGAGCACAUGGUUUUCCACAGUGCUUGGGUGCAAUUGAUGGAACACACAUUCCAAUAAAGCAGCCACAAGAAAAUCCUACUGACUAUAUUAACCGAAAAGGUACUUACAGUUUGAAUGUGCAAGCUAUAUGUGACCAUAAAUACUGUUUUAUGGAUGUGGUUGUGAAAUGGCCUGGAAGUGUGCAUGAUGCAAGGGUUUUUUCAAAUUCCAGCCGAAACCAAUUGUUGAAGAAUGGCAAGAUACCACCAUGUCAACGCAAGAUUUUAACUGAUGAAGAUCCAAUUCCUAUUUUUAUAUUAGGCGACCCUGCAUAUCCAUUAAUGCCGUACUUGAUGAAGGAGUAUUCAAAUGGUGGGUCUAAUCAGCAGGAACAGUAUUUCGGUAUGACUUUGUGCCAAUCAAGGAUGGUCAUUGAAUGUGCUUUUGGUAGACUCAAAGCUCGUUUUGCAGCUUUAAAGCGUCCAAUGGAUAUUAAUCUUGAUGAGCUACCUUUUGUGGUGUAUGCAUGCUUUGUACUACAUAAUUUUUGUGAAAUUAGUGGUGAAAGAAUUGCAGAAGAAAAGGUCACUGCUUCUGUCGAGUAUGACAAACAAUUUCAGCUAGUUAUUGCCAACAAUAAAUUCAGAACUGACUGUAAUGAAGCUGAAGGUAAAAAAAUCAGAAGGAUAUUGACAAGGUACUUUGAUCCAUAG